AUGGCGGUCAAUCGGCUACGAAGCGCGCUGGGAACGGCGAGGAAAGGAGAGACGUAUGAGCUGAGGGCAGGUCUGGUGUCGCAAUAUGCCUGGGAGCGCAAGGAGUCAAUACAGAAGACCAUCAUGUCCAUGACCCUGGGCAAAGACGUCUCAGCCCUUUUCCCGGAUGUUCUGAAGAAUAUUGCAACGCCCGAUCUCGACCAAAAGAAGCUGGUGUACCUCUACCUUAUGAACUACGCCAAAUCACACCCGGAUCUGUGCAUUCUGGCAGUCAACACGUUUGUCCAGGACUCAGAAGAUCYUAAUCCGCUCGUCCGAGCAUUGGCAAUUCGAACAAUGGGUUGUAUCAGGGUGGAGAAGAUGGUGGACUACAUGGAAGAGCCGCUUCGAAAGACACUCAAGGACGAAUCACCAUAUGUACGGAAGACCGCGGCGCUGUGUGUAGCAAAGCUCUUCGAUCUCAACCCGAGUCUUUGUAUAGAAAACGGAUUCCUGGAGACACUGCAAGAGAUGGUGGGAGACAGCAACCCGAUGGUCGUUGCCAACUCCGUCACUGCGCUUGCCGAGAUCACCGAGAGUGCUCCAGAAACGAAAGCCCUGGUCGUGACGAGCCAGAUGCUGAAGAAGAUGAUGCUGGCGCUUAACGAGUGCACCGAAUGGGGACGAAUCACCAUCUUGACAACUCUUGCCGACUACAAGGCCGUGGAUACCAAGGAAUCAGAGCACAUCUGUGAAAGAGUCAGCCCACAGUUUCAGCACGUCAAUCCGUCUGUGGUCCUGGCCGCUGUCAAGGUCGUCUUCCUUCACAUGCAGCACAUUGAGAAUCCGACACUACACGCRACCUACCUCAAGAAGAUGUCUCCACCACUUGUUACACUAGUCUCGAGCCAGCCGGAGGUGCAAUACGUGGCGCUGCGGAACAUUGAUCUUCUCCUACAAAAGCAGCCAGGGAUUCUGGACAAGGAGAUGCGGGUGUUCUUUUGCAAAUACAACGAUCCGCCAUACCUGAAACUCCAAAAGCUCGAAAUCAUGGUCCGGAUAGCCAACUCGCAGAACGUGGAUCAACUACUUGCGGAGCUGAAAGAGUAUGCAAUGGAAGUCGACAUGGACUUUGUUCGAAAAGCAGUCCGUGCUAUCGGGCAGGUGGCAAUCAAGAUCGAGGAGUGCGCCGAAAAGGCAGUCAACGUCCUUUUGGAGCUCAUCAACUCAAAGGUUGGAUAUGUCGUUCAGGAAGUCAUUGUUGUGAUCAAGGAUAUUUUCCGACGGUACCCCGGCUACGAAGGCAUAAUACCGACAUUGUGUCAAUGCAUUGACGACCUGGACGAACCCAACGCAAGAGGCAGUCUGAUUUGGAUUGUUGGAGAGUACGCAGAGAAAAUCUCAAACGCGGGAGACAUUCUUGCUGGCUUUGUCGAAGGGUUCAACGAGGAGUUCACUCAGACACAGCUUCAAAUCCUUACUGCCGUCGUCAAGCUCUUCCUCAAAAAGCCAGACGAGUCCCAAGAACUUGUACAAAAAGUUCUCCAAGCCGCGACUGCCGAGAGCGACAACCCUGACAUCCGCGAUCGAGCAUACGUAUACUGGCGGUUACUCUCAUCAGACCCUUCUGUCGCGCGAAACAUUGUGCUAUCAGAACGACCGCAGAUCCACUCCACGAUUCCUGUGCUGCCCUUGCCAUUACUCGAGAAGCUACUUCCCAACCUAUCAACACUAUCCUCAGUGUAUCACAAACCGCCUCAAGCAUUCCUGGGCGAUGGAAGGAGUUCCGCGCUUCAAGAAGAAGCUAUUGAAGAGGCGAAGCAAAAUGCCCGAGAGAACCCAAUCGCUGMAGCAGCAGUAUCGGCAGCUGUGGCUGGCACGAGUGCUUCCGGUGUGCAGAACAACGCCGAAAACCUGCUGGACAUCGAUUUCGAUGGUGCGGCGCCGGCUUCGAUGGCGAAUACACCUGCGAUGGGCUCGUCUGGUCUGGAAGGCUUAUCGGGCACACCUCAGCGAGUCGCAAGUCCUGGAAUCACAUCUCCUUCUGCUGCGAGCGGGAACUUUGCAGAUUUGAUGGGUCUAGGCGAUGAUUCCAUUGCUGGUAACGUUGGUGGAAGCCAAGCCAUGAUGGACGGGUUCGCUGGAAUGAGCAUGAACGACCAACCGCCGCCAGCGCAGACACAAUUGAACGGUGGCAGUGGCGGAAAGAAGACGAACGAGGACUUGCUUGGUCUGUUUUGA